AUGGAGAUGUCAAAAUGUUGCCUUCAUGAGCUGAAAUUUAAGUACUUUCUUCCAGGAAAAAUUCAAACUGAUACCCUGGAAGCCAGAUUUGGGAAAUACAGGUCUUUAGCCGGAUCACAAUAUUUAAUAUCUGUAAGACAAGUCUAUGAAGCAGAAACAGAAUUACGUCUCCAGAACUUUUUACCCCUUACUCUCAAUUCGAGCACAUAUGGAAAAAUAAAAAUUAGCAGCACUGACAACAGAAUCGAAGUGGAUGAAAUUGAAGAAGAGUUUACAGAAUUUGACAUAAGUAUUACAGAAAAGGAUUUUGAAGAUGCUGAAACUUUUUUACCAGUAUUAACAUACCUGUCAGGUUAUUGUGCAAGAGCUGCUCUGAAAAAACUUAAAUGCAAUUCCUGUUUUAAACUUUUAGUUACAGAUAAAGUAUUGGAAAAUAAUCAAAAUUAUUCCUUAAUUAAAAAUAUGAGCCGAGGAGGUUUGUUAUGCCCUCGAGCGGAUGUUGUUACUGUAAUUAUGUAUAAUUACGUAACAGUUCAAAAACUUCUAUCAGUGAACAAUGAACAAAAAUUUUUAAAAAGCAAAAUUCAGAGACAAAUAACAGUCAAAUCAACUUUACAAAAUUUGAAAGACUGUGAUGUAUUUAUGGAUGCAUGUGAAAUCGGUCAUUCGGCUGAUAUUAUAAUAAAAUAUUUAGUAAUGGCAGCAACAAAUUCUUUAUUGAAUAAUUAUUGCAAAAAAAAUGAAUGAUUUGCCUAAGCCUGUAGUUAAAAGGCGCAAAAUACAAACUAUUCAAACCAAAAUAUGAAUUUUUACCUGCUACAGGGAAUGUAUGCAUUUCUAUAUAUUUGCACGCAUUAAAAUUUACGAAAUUCUGAGUUUCAUUUA